ACCCUCUGAAAGCAAACUACAAAUAACUAGGUAUGAAAAAGUCAAACUGGCAUGAGGGAAACUACCCUCCAAAGCCCUUAUGCACAUACUGGUAUCUUCACUUCCUUAUUCAGCUACGUCACAAGCCUGGGGCUUUAUUCUCAUCAACAGUUUCACUGAAAAACUGUUUCUCGUCAGUGCCCGACCGAAAUCACCUCCUGAAAAUUCAUCCGUAAAGCCUUCAAACAAGAAUAGAAAGGUUUCCUGACAAUGGCAGCCUCUCUUCUGCCCACAUGUUUCUCCUCUGUUUUUAGUGACCAAAGAGCAACUGAAGAUGCAACCUGUAAAUCUGGCACUGAAGCAAUGGCUGAUGGGAUACCUCGCUUUGUGAUACAGCUUAUGAAGAGCGAAAAGGCUCGUCUUCAGACUUUCUCCUCGUGGCCUUUCACCGAUCCGCAAGAUCUGGCCGAAGCGGGCCUCUUCUGUGUGGGACGGAGCGAUCGGGUGCAGUGUUUCUGCUGUGGUGGAACGCUGAACGCCAGAGAUCUCAAAGACAACGCUUGGGAGGAACACAGCAGAAGUUUCCCCCACUGCUUCUUCAUUCUUGGUCACAAUGUGGGAAAUGUACCACUACAGAUGGAUGAAGAUGAGGAGAGUGACUAUACUGAGAAAGAUUGUCCUCCAUGCAUGAAGACUUUAACUGGAAGACUUGGUACCUUUAAUGGUGUCCAACAUCCUGUUGAUCCUAAGAGACUUGCUGAGGCUGGUUUCUACAGCACAGGAAAAGGAGACAAGGUGGUGUGCUUCACUUGUGGCGGUGGCUUGGAAAACUGGAAACGACAGCACGACCCUUUCCAACAACAUGCCAAACAAUACCCAGGGUGUAGGUUCCUGGUGGGAAAAAAAGGCCAAGAAUUUAUUAACAACAUCCAGCUACAAAAGCACAAACAGCAAAGAAAAUGUGCUGUAAUUAUUCGUAAUGUAAGUACAUUUUUUAGAACUUAUUUUGAAAUGAUCAAAUACUCUACUCCAUUGCUUACAAAAAGAGGUUAUGAUUAUUUUACUACGGAAAGAAGAACUAAUCUACACUUUGUUUCUCUUUUGAUAUUAUUAUGUCAGAUCAAGAGAAAGACAAAGAAUGAAAAUAUUAUUUUACUCUUCUAAUAUUUUCUGGUUUCUUUUCAUUUACACGUAUAAAUCAUUCACCAGUUUUAAUGAAUUGCACUACAGCAAGUUCGUUAGACAGAAAUCUGUAGGCAAACUGGUGUUUUUUUUUUUCUUUUUUCUUCUUAAUGCUAUAGUUUUGUAAAGUUUACUUUUAAAUCUUAUAAAUAUUAAUGUUUAUUUAACUCAUCUAGAAAUAUUCAAGUGCAUUAUUUAUGACUCCUGCUUGGAUUUCUCAAAAAUCUAUUAAAAACAUAUGAGGAUUUAACUGUCAUCUAGUAUUCUGAUAAAUGCAAACACCGAUACUGUCAUACAACUUGAAAGAUGUUUUUUUUUCUGCAUUUAUGGUUAGGAAGGUGUGUUGGAGGGUGGCCUACAUACAGUAUGAUGCCAUUCAUUCAGUAACUUUUGUUCCCCUUCUUGGUUUCACUGCACAUGUCACUUUGUUUUAUGAGAAAUGGAUGUGUGGUAUGCCAGACACCCAACGUACAGAAUCAACACGUGCAUUUUGUUAAAACGAAAAUAUUUAAAUUCAUAACUGACACAUUUUUCUUCUCUGUUUGCAGGUUGCCUCAUUAUGAUAGAAUUUGGAGCAAACCACUUGGAACCACUCAUGACAUGAAUGAGGGGUCCUCCACAAUCUCCUUUUUUUUUUUUUUGAAUCACAAAAUGAAAUACUUUUUUUCAAUUGUGUGAAAGGUUUUUUUGUAUUUA